AUGUAUUACAGAUUCAGCAGUUUCACUUAGAGUCUGACAGGGUCUGUGUCAACUACGGCAUACAGUACACUUAUCAGGUUGGGGUCCCAGGGUUACAUGACCUGGAAGGGUUUAAGGACAAGCAUAUUAUCUAAAGCCUCUGCAUUGACCUUUGCUACCCCGACCAAAAUAAUUUGAAGAUAUAUGGGUUCCAGGGUUCCAGACCUUCACAGGAUAUUUCAGUCUUCUGAUGGGAUCCAGGUACACCUUAAGCGCAGUGUUCUUGACCGCCUCCUGUACAGGACCACCAUGGCUUUGACCGUCGGAGGUGCUCUUUACUCUUUGGUGACUCUUUACAUAGCUGCACAGCCUAAAAAUAAGCAAAGACGUGCACGUCCUCAGACUGGUAUUGGUGAACUUUUAAAGAGGCAGUAA